UUAGACUAAAAAAAUUAUCAAUUUCUCCUAUCUAAUUUAUUUUACUUAUUUUCUAUUAUACAAUUCGAUUGUUCUAAAAUCAUUUUCAUUUAUACUCAAUUAAGUUCUCAUUACCUAUUCAGUCGAGUCUAGCUAGUUCAUUGAUUCAUUGUCAUUUUAGUUACUAUUUGGAUUUUUUUAUUUGGUCUCUCAAAUAAUCAUUUUUAACUACAUCUUACUAUUUAAACCAUUGUCACUCUUUAUUUCAAAUCAUAUUAGACAGUAUUAUUUUAAAUAAUGUUAAUUUUUUUAUUUAUUGAAUGAUGUUGUGUUUAUAUUUUAUUAUAUAUUAAAAAAAUAAUUUAUGCCACAUUUUGUUUACGGAACAGGGCCUCCAAAAUCUUAGGGUCGGCCCUGAGUGCCCUAGUCGUCGGUGCUAUUCUUUCUGAGUUUGGCUCUAAAAUGUGGACUAGAACAUAGACUAAAAAAAUACGAAAAAAAAUAAAAUAAAAAAGAUGAAAUUAAACAAAAAAAAAAUAAAAAUAAAAUAACAAAUACUCUAUACGAACAGAAAUAAAAAAAGGCGCUAGCACAAAGACAAAAGUAAAACAGAUCAUAUACCUCAUUUCCCUUUCUGGCGGUUGUGAGAGUCCUCGACAAUGGUGGCAAAAUUUGAUCGCGCAUAAUUUUACCUGGUCCUAAGACUAGGAUCAUAUUCCUUAGAGUCUCUCGCAACCACUUACUCGGGUGCUGAGGGACAUGUGUUAUGAGGAUUUUAAAGCGAAUGUGGAGGUUAAGGUGCCUCCGAGGAAAGUAAGUCUACGCUACUGCUGCUGAAGUAAACAAGAGGCUGAGGCGUUGUAUAGGAUAGCACACUCUAUAUAGCUCCUUUGACUAAAAGCUCUUAUCCUGGCAGCAUAUGAGCAACUUCAUCCAUGUGAGAUCUACUACUCCUACCUGGUGUCACGACAUUUACCCAAUCUAGUAGGCCACAAGUACCCUAUGAAUGUCUUCUUUGAAGUAUCACACAAUCCAAUUGAUUGAUGAUUGAACGUGAGGGAUAGUCGUGUUCGGCCUCGUCCGACUCAUAAUCAUAUUACGAAGUACACAACACAAAGGGAUGUGCAGCUUCGUAGAAGCAUGCAAUCAACUCAAAAUCUAAACCACAAUGAAUCCAACAUAAGGAGAAGAUGAAACAAAGUUCGUAUUUAUACCAAAAUCGAAAGUUUACAUAGUCAAAGAACCUUUACGGUUCGCCAACCUACACAACCAAGGACCUAGAUGCUCAUGUGGACAGGUUCUGGGAGGAUAUUAGUCAAAACGAGACCACCAAAAAGACCAAGAAAUCAUAGGCCACAACAUGGAAUGGCAACUAAGCCACCAAUUUUGGUGUCGAUUUUCCUCUCAAGUUUGGCUUCGCUCUAAAACAAGAGCCACUUUGCUAGUAGAGUAAUGUCCCUCCAAUGCGUCCUAUCACUGGCUCCCAAAUUUAUACCGUUAGGGGUUUGUUAAUAAGCUUAUGUAUUAGCUUUCUAGGAGGAAAAGUCCGCCUAAAACACCUCUAGGCAUAUUCCUUACAAGUUUGGGCUCGAUAUGGCGACUCCCAGAAAUGGCGUCUAGGCAGUCAAUUUGGGCUCAGAUCGACUAAAUCCACGUCAUUUUCUUGACCUCAAACCAAUCUCGAAUUCUAACACUCAAUAGCUGAUCCUUGAUGCCCCCCACUUGUACAAGAUGGUCCACUAGGAUACUUUCGGUUGAAAGCAGAUGAAACACUAUCAAAAGCAUAUAACAUAUCAAGAGUAAUCCUAGAGUUACUAAAACACACAUUUAGCAAUCAUCAAGCAAAUGCAAGUUAGUGUGACACUAAAGUCGUGAAAACCAUAUAAUUCUAGCCAUAAUAAAGGUGUAUCAAAUAAUAUUUAUCUAUGUGUAAUCAACCACCCAGUAUGACACUAAAUAUGUGAAAACCAUAUAAUUGUAGCCAUAAUAAAGAGUAUAAAAUAAUACUUUCUACGUGUGGUUAACCGGUAUCAAUCUGUACCACCUUCGAUUUCACUCAAAUUUAGAAAUGGUAAAUGAUGGUUAGUAUAUUCUUCAUAUCAUGUAUGCAAUCAUUCUACACAAUAUCAAUAACACCUUGGUAUAAACUUACUACCAAACAUUAACACCAUGGUAGACUAGUAAAUUUUUUUUUUGUUAAAAAUAUAUAAUUUUGAGAAUAAAAUUAAUAUAAUUUUUCGAUGAAAAAUUUUUUAACUACGAAUUCUAAUGAAAAAAUUAUAACCCCUUGAAUUAGAUUGGGGAAAAAUUAAUUGUCUUCUAUAAAUGAUAAGUGAGAGUUAUGCAUGUUACUAAUGGGUAAGUUACUAAUGGAAUUUGUUCCUGUUUCUCUGUGGAUUUAAAAGAAUUAUGCUUCUUAAAUGCAAAAUGUCUCUCGAAACAUAUUACUAAUUGGGUUAAUAUUUAACGAUAUUUAUCAUAUUGUUUUUUUUUUAGUAUUUUAUGAAAAAUUCGCAUGCGGCGAACUCUGCGCCGUCGUCCCACUCGUGGUGGGCUUGCUGUUGGCAGGAUGAUCCGUUAAUUAAAUAUUAGAGAGCCCACACCGCCGGUGUUAGCCCGGUGGACCACACACCCGCCCGUGGGCCCGCAUGUGCCCAGCACGGUAAUAACGAAGCCGGCUCGUUCCUCCCACGCAGCAUCGGACGACUCCUCGUUUCCGUCCUUCGGUUCUUCACUUCUCCUCCUCCGUCCUCGUCACCGGAAACUGCGCAUGUGGCACGCCACGUCCGUCGCUAUCGUCUUUCCCGUCCACGUAAUUUAACCGUUGGCUUUUAGAAUCGUUUUUCUGUGAUCUGUUUCACACUCGUAAAAGUCCAGAACAUUCGUAGAGAGAAAAACGAGUACAUAUUUAUUUUCUUUCUAAUCCAGAGCAUUUCCUUCUUAAUGGAUCCAUUAUUUUCUAAUUGAAUGACCUUGUUUUCCCCAAUUUAUGAAGCAACUAAGUGGAAAGAGGAAAGAGCUGGCGGGGGAUUAGGAAAAGAUUAGGGGUGGUUUGGACGAGGAAUUGUAACGGAUUAAUUUGAUAUAAUUGUCUCGUUUUGAGAUAAUUAUACCAAAUUUCCUCGUUUGCCAGCAAAAAAUUUGGAUGGAUCAAUCUGCCUGAGGUUAUUUUGAAUUGAUCCGUUUUGAGUCAAUUUCAAUUACCUUGGGUGGGGCAGGUAAUUCGAAUUGACUCGUUUUAAUUGCCUCGAGACAAUUGACUUAUUUCUAGAUUGAUCCAUGGUUGUCAUGUCGGUGGCAUGCCACACGGUUGAGCCUGGUUCAACCUGUGCCGGUCUUAAAACCGGCAUGACACCACCGGUAUGACCGGUAUGAUCGAUUUACGCAUUCUAAGUAAAAUGACAUCAUUUUAAUGAACUUAAUGAAUAAAAAAAUUAAUUUAUUAUUCAUUUUAUGAAUGUAAUAGCUAAAAGUUGAUGAUAUUUGUUGAAUUGUAACUAAAUUGUCCACAAAUACGUUUUAUAUAUGAUUAAAUACAUUAGAUAUUAAUUGUUUUCAUAUUUUUUUUUGACCGGCAUGAACCAGCACAAACUAGUUAUACCACCGGUCGUACCAUUCCACUUGCCAAACCGGCACAAUGGUAUAAACCGGUUUGACAACUUUGAUCCAAACUAUUCCUAGAAGACGAGAUAGAUGGACUGGCGCAGCCACUGGCUGAUGGAUAAAUAGAUCGAACAUCUCUGUCUCUUACUCUCUUUCAAUUUCCCAUAGCUCCUCUGUCUUUUUUCUAUCUUCUUCUCGUCCUCUUCUCAUCUACGACUAACAAACAAGCAGCCGAUAAGACUACUUAUAUACCACGCCCCAUCGGCCACCACCACCAUUCGUCCUUCGCCCGAGGAUAAAAAGCUGAAAAGGUGAAACCAUCCUCCACUCCAAAUUACUGAAUUUACACUCCCUUUCCUUCCUACUUCACUCACCCGCUACUCCGAGCUUCUAUUUGAGGAAAGUGUCCGCCAUGGCUCCCCCGCCGCAGGAUCACCGGCGGCCCCUGCUCGCCGGCGAGGAGCCGGACGAGCGGGAAGAAACGGCGUACGAAUCCUCCGAGAGAAUCCACAUAGUCGGGAUUGAUUCCGACUCCGACGCGUCCGAUUCCGCGCCGCCCUUCUCGUGGAGGAAGCUCUGGCUCUUCACUGGGCCUGGAUUCCUGAUGUCCAUAGCGUUUCUUGAUCCGGGGAAUUUGGAAGGCGAUCUUCAGUCCGGUGCGAUUGCUGGCUACUCCUUGCUCUGGCUGCUUAUGUGGGCAACCGCGGUUGGGCUUCUCAUUCAGAUGCUCUCGGCUCGGCUCGGCGUGGCGACCGGCAGGCAUUUGGCCGAGCUCUGCCGGUCGGAGUACCCGACUUGGGCCCGGAUGCUGCUCUGGAUUAUGGCUGAGCUGGCUCUCAUCGGAGCUGAUAUUCAGGAGGUUAUUGGGAGUGCUAUUGCGAUUAAGAUUCUGAGUAAUGGGUAUUUGCCCUUGUGGGCUGGCGUUGUCAUCACCGCUCUUGAUUGUUUCGUGUUCCUGUUUCUCGAGAACUAUGGUGUGAGGAAAUUGGAAGCGUUCUUUGCUGUUUUAAUCGCUGUGAUGGCAAUUUCUUUUGCUUGGAUGUUUGGUGACACGAAACCGAAUGGAACGGAACUUCUUCUGGGCAUCUUGAUCCCUAAACUCAGCUCAAAAACCAUAAAACAAGCCGUUGGAGUUGUGGGUUGCAUCAUCAUGCCCCACAACGUGUUCUUGCACUCUGCUCUAGUACAAUCAAGGGAUGUCGAUCGAAGCAAGAAGGGUCGUGUCGACGAAGCUCUUCGAUACUAUGGAAUCGAGUCCACUGCUGCACUAGCUGUAUCGUUUUUCAUCAAUUUAUGCGUCACCACUGUGUUUGCAAAGGCGUUCUAUGGCACUGAAGUAGCCAACAGCAUUGGCCUUGUAAAUGCAGGGCAGCUUCUUCAAGAUAAAUAUGGGGGUGGCAUCUUUCCAAUUCUGUACAUAUGGGCUAUUGGAUUGUUGGCAGCGGGCCAGAGUAGCACAAUCACUGGCACUUAUGCCGGCCAGUUUAUAAUGGGAGGUUUCCUGAACUUGAGAUUGAAGAAAUGGGUUAGGGCCAUGAUCACUCGGAGCUGUGCCAUCAUCCCAACUAUAAUUGUUGCACUUAUCUUUGAUUCCUCUGAGGACUCCCUGGAUAAACUGAAUGAGUGGCUGAAUGUCCUUCAGUCAGUUCAGAUCCCUUUUGCACUUAUACCCCUUUUAUGCUUGGUCGCCAAGGAAGAGAUCAUGGGCACUUUUCAGAUUGGUCCCGUUCUUAAGACAAUUUCAUGGAUUGUGGCUGUAUUGGUUAUAUUGAUCAAUGGCUACCUACUGUUGGACUUCUUCAUGAACGUGGUAGAUGGAUUGACAGUUGCAGUAGUGGUCUGCGCAUUCACAGUUGGAUAUGUAUCAUUCAUACUCUACCUGGUGUCCCGAAACUUUAAAUUUGCGUCGUGGAGCCGCCGUCAGUCUAAGCAGUUAGAUCUAAAUUGAGUGAAGAAAGAAACACCAAUUGGCCAGAUAUGUAAGGCAUGAAUCAUGCUGUGUUCUGCUUGCUGCCUCCGGGGCUUCAUACUACGGUUGUGACUUCUGACCAGAGAACCGCUUUAUGUGCAUGAACUUCUCUGGGUAGCAUCUAAUACAGCUCCAUAGUCUGUGCGGCUUCUUCUAUAUGCCUUGUGCAGAAAGGGUCAAGGAAGAUAUCGAAGACCCACAACGCAACGAAGUGGAUUUUGAAUCCAGCACUUGGUACUUUGCGAAGUAGUUUUUCUAGCUUUGCAGGCCAGAUUGCUGGAUGGAUCAACAUUGAUCAGUGUGUGAUGAAGUUGAACCUCCAAUGCAAUCGGCUUUAAUCUUCAUGUAUCUCGUCGUCUUUCGAGUAUGACAAUGAAAUGGCAAUGCAAUGUAUCUUGUAAGAUUAUUCCCUCCCACUAUUUGCUGUAGUAUAGAUCAUCAUCAGAAGAUAGAUCUCUUUGAACAAGAGCAGAUAACGAAGAGAUGAUCUCUUAACUCUGUUGCAUUGUUGGAGAGUGGGCAAUUGUUUGUUGCUGAAGGAUUCCAACUAGUAAUCUUAUCCAGAGUAUGAAUUAUGUCAAAAUAAUUAGCCACUGAACAAUUUAUUUCCUAUCAUGGCUCUCAAAAAAAAAAAAAAAGUAUAGAUUUCCCCCCUUUAUCUACUCUUAUUGAAAGCCAGUUCUUAGUACUUUGCAACUUGCAAGGUUGUUAAACCGGUUUAUACUGUUGUGUCGGUUUGGCAAGUGGAACGGUACGACCAGUGGUAUAACCAGUGUGUAUCGGUUCAUGCCGGUUUAAAAAAAGUGAAAACAAUUAAUAUCCAACGUAUUUAAUCAUAUAUAAAACAUAUUUGUGGACAAUUUAGUUACAAUCCAACAAAUAUCAUCAACUUUUAACUAUUACAUUCAUAAAAUGAAUAAUAAACUAAUUUUUUUAUUCAUUAAAUUCAUUAAAAUGAUGUCAUUUUACUUAGAAUGCGUAAGUCGAUCAUACCGGUGAUGUCAUGCCGGUUUUAUGACCGGCACAGGUUGAACCAGGUUCAACCGGGUGGCAUGCCACCGGCAUGACAACCAUGAUACUUUGUUUCAAAAUUUGUAGCUUGUUGGAUGGAGUGACCUACUUAAGCAUUGAGACAGGGUCUUGAGCCUAAAAAGUCUUUCAUAGUUCUAUAUUUUUAAUCCACUCCCCAUCCUUGAGUUUCACCCAACAAUUUCCAAUCAAAAUAGGCAAAUCGCCCUAUCUUUUGUCGAAACUGAAAAAGGAUUAAAAUAAUAAGGUUAACUUUGUAAUUACAUGAUUUUUGGACGGAAUUAGCGCCUAAUUACCUUGCUCAUUGAGUAGUUGAGUCCCCGUUGAACAAUCUUUUGAACAACAAGAGGCACAACGUACAAGAAGAAAAUGUUAAUAUUUGAAAGACUAUAUACAGAAGCUGAUUUCUCUCCUUCUUGUUCUAAUUAAAAUGCGAGUAUAUUUCAUUCCUCUCCACAGAUUCGAAAGGCGGCCAUUUACUUUAGGCAGUAGGCCUUGCCCUUUUGUUCGACAGGAAAGUAAAGUCGUAAGAAGUAAGUUUUUUGCGCUAUUAGAGAUGGAAUACUGCUUUCGAUGGAAGAGCAGGUGCUUUAUUUCUCUUAUCACGGAAUCUUAUUAUACGUUGAGCUUGAUCUGAUCUUUCUUAUGUCUGCUCCUGUCUUGUCGCCUCCUAUUAUACCGGUGGGCCACUCCUGCUUGGGCAGCAGAAAAAAUGGUAAUGGUUGGU